UGGCAGUCCCAUAAUUUUUACCAAAAACUGAAACACCUCACAAAUAAAUUGUUAUGGCCAGGUCAAUCCGAAUCGCACUGGACUUAGCUCUAAAUAUAUGCGAGGCCGCAAAACCAUGUGUCUCACAAGCAUGGCAUUACGCCAGAGUAGAAAUGGUGCCACCUAUGACACAAAGUUUUUUUCAAGGAAUUGGAGGAAAAACUAUAGAAAAUUUUGGAGGCGCUAUCGGUAAUAGUAUAAUUGCGAUGCUGCGAUCAGCAAUAAAUGCGAUCGACGCAGCUGCCGCUCUGAAGAAAAAAGCUUUAGAAGAUGCACUUAAGGCCAAGCAAGCAAAAGCUGCGGCCGAAGCUAAACAAGCAGCAGAGGAAAAAGCCAAGGCUUUAGCUGCGGCAAAAGAAAAACAAGCCGCAAAAGCUCAAGCGACAAAAGCAAAACCUGCAGAAGAAAAGGCAAAGCCUAAAGCCGCUGAGCCUGCAAAAGCUGCUCCUAAAGCAGCUGCUAAACCUGAGGCGAAAAAGCCUGAGGCCAAAAAGCCUGAAGCUAAAAAACCCGAAGCCAAAAAACCUGAGGCUAAGAAGCCGGAUCCACCGAAGGCAAAGAAAUAAACUGCAUGAGAUUGGCGUGUGUUGAAUUGUUGUGAAUGUUUAUUUUAAUACCUAUAAUAAUAAAUUUGAUUUUUAGUUCCGAAGUUAUUUUGGCAUACUUAUACUCGAAGAGAGCUGAAGGAUAAUCGACGACUUUGAUUGAUUACUCUUGUGCAUGGUUUGUGUGUAACUUAAUAAUGUAUAAUUUGCUCGAUUGUUUUUCGUUCAACCUACCGAGAAUGUUGUAGUAACUUUCAAUGUCUUUAUGACUUUAUGUUGUGUAUCA